AUGUUACAGGCACCACAGAUUGUAUGGGGCCAACUGGAACUGGUACAGUUUGUGGGCAGCAACAGAUUGCAGCUGCUGAGGAUUGAAGGCCCUUGGAUGUGCUGGUCACUUACUGGUCAUCUGCCCAGUGGGCGGCAUCGUGAUGGUCAGCAGUUUCUUGGUCCUUGCCAUGUGACGAGGUUAAGGCGCAUGCGGCUGGAUCUCCAUCCUCCUUUCCUUGGUGUGGGGAUGCAACUGUCUUCAGUGCGCGAAGUCAACACAGCUGUAUCAUGCAAGUGCCAAACAGUACAGCACCUGGGCACACAGCUACACACGAGGCCUGCCAACGCACUCACCGUGGCUUGGCCAGUGAACUCUUCCCAUGGAGAGAAGGCACUGCUGUUUUGGUUGGCUUCGUUGUGCUUUUGGUUAAUUUGUUGCUUGUGGCUCAGAGAGCACAAGCUCACGUUCUAG